AUGUCCAUCCAAGUCGGUCCCCGGACCUUUCAUGUCACGGAUAUCGAUCGCGAAAAAUGCACUCGCGUCGUGCCCAUGCGCGUCUUGUCAUUCGGCCUCUUUCGGACCGGAACUGACUCAUUAACCGAAGCCCUCCGCACCCUAGGCUAUCAUGAAGCAUACCACGGAUAUCAGCUAAUGCUCAGUAACCCGCGCGACGGGGAGAUGUGGAUGCGGGCGUUGCGGGCGAAAUACGACGGCAUCGGAAAGCCGUUUCAACGAGAAGACUGGGAUAAGUUGUUGGGUCAUUGCCAAGCCGUUUGUGAUGUUCCGGCGCUUUGCUUCGCCGAGGAGUUGAUUCAGGCGUAUCCCGAGGCGAAGGUCAUUUUGACGGUGAGGGAUCCCGUGGAGUGGUAUGAAUCUAUUCUUGAGAUCACAACUGUCUGCGAACGUCACCCUGCUCUGUACAUCUUCCUUCCGCUUCUCUCAGCCAUCGACGCCCUCUGUCGAAGUCGCUUCCGCUGGGUCUUGCCUGUGAUCAGCCGCUCCGGGCGCGAGAUCCUCCGCGACCGGUUAAAAGAAGACGGUCCGCGCAUCUACGAGGAACAUUAUAAGAAGAUCGAGGCGCUGGUGCCGCCUGAGCGAUUGCUGCAUUAUCAUGUGCGCGAGGGCUGGGAUCCGCUGUGUGCGUUCUUGGAGCAGCCGGUUCCUGACGUGGAGAUUCCGCGGGGGAAUACGAAACGGGAACUCAGGCUGAGGGUGCAGGGGUGGAUGGUGUUUGAUUUGAAGGAGUGUGCGGUGAAGGUGGUCUCCGUGGUGGCGUUGGGGUGGUUGGGGUGGGGGGUUUAUAAGGCUGGGGUGAGGGUGGUUGGGAGAUGA